GUUCAUUUUACACUUUCUUGUCAACUUCAAAAACCCAUCUAUAGCUCUCUUUCAAGAUUCCCCUAUUGAAAAUAGACCAUUUUUCACUUUCUUUAGCGACAAACGCCUAGCUCUUGUCUUCCUCUCUCUCGCUCUGCCUGUGAUUUUGCGUGCGUGUUCUUGUGAUAUUUCCAAAGCAACCACUUUUAGCACUAAGAUUUCAUCGUCGAUCACAAUAUGGCUGACGAAUCGAUUUCAGGCAAUUUGAAAGAUCUUUCUUUGAGCACGAAUGGUGCGGCAACAAAGAAGUCUCAUUUAGUUGUUUGCUUUGGAGAGAUGCUGAUUGACUUUGUCCCAACUGUUGGUGGAGUUUCACUCGCAGAAGCUCCUGCCUUCGAAAAAGCUCCUGGUGGUGCACCCGCUAAUGUUGCUGUGUGCAUUGCGAAGUUGGGGGGCUCUUCUGCUUUUAUUGGGAAGGUCGGUGAGGAUGACUUCGGGCGUAUGUUAGCUGACAUUUUGAAGCAACACAAUGUUGACAAUUCUGGCAUGCGCUUUGACCAUGAUGCAAGGACUGCACUGGCCUUCGUUACACUCACAUCUGAAGGUGAGCGGGAAUUCGUGUUUUUCCGCAAUCCUAGUGCUGAUAUGCUUCUUCGGGAGUCAGAACUCGAUGUAGAUCUUGUUAAAAAGGCCACCAUCUUCCAUUAUGGUUCAAUUAGUUUGAUCGAAGAACCCUGUAGAUCGACACAACUUGCUGCAAUGGACAUUGCCAAAAGAUCAGGUAGCAUACUCUCGUAUGAUCCUAACCUGAGAUUGCCCUUGUGGUCUUCAGAAGAUGCUGCUCGAAGUGGAAUAAUGAGUGUAUGGAACCUAGCAGAUGUUAUUAAGAUAAGUGAGGACGAAAUUUCAUUCUUGACUGGAGCUGAUGAUCCAAAUGAUGAUGAGGUGGUAUUGAAGAGGCUUUUCCAUCCUACUCUGAAGCUUUUGCUUGUAACUGAAGGUUCAGCUGGUUGUAGAUAUUACACCAAGGAAUUCAAAGGAAGAGUACAUGGGAUUAAAGUAAAAGCUGUUGAUACAACUGGUGCUGGUGAUGCAUUUGUAGGUGGAAUUCUCAAGUGUCUAGCUUCUGAUGCUGAUCUCUAUCAGGAUGAGAAGCGGUUAAGGGAAGCUCUCUUUUUCGCUAAUGUUUGUGCUGCCCUGACAGUGACAGGAAGAGGAGGAAUCCCUUCCCUUCCUACACAAGAAGCAGUUCAACAAACUCUCACCGAGGUCACUGCUUAAGAAGACAAAAACAAGUUUUGUUCUCAUCAUGUUGUAUCUGCAUUAUUUUAGAUUUAUCUGCAUAAUGAGCUAUUCAUUUUCUUCUUGUCUCUGGUAUCUGCUGGUUCUUUCCUCAAUUUGGAAAGUUGUUGCAGCUAAAGAGACAAUCUAAGAGAUGCAAAAAAAAAAAAAAAAUAUAAAAAAAAAAUAGCAUAGCGUGUUCUUUCGUCCAAAAGAACUUCAUACAAGCUGUGAUGUCUCUGGUACAUAUCCGAUCCUUGUUAUGGAUCCAUCAGAUCAUGAUAUACUUAGGAUGUUAAACAGCCAAGAUAGAGAGGGUUAAUAUUGGAUUUUGAGAUUAACUGCGUGUAAAGCGAAAAAUAAAGUGUGUAUGCGUUUAACGACCUUUUGAUUAUCCAGCUUUUGUUGCUGUUAUUCAAAAUGAUGGUACCAGAAUGCCAUUUCUUUUA